UUUACCGGGAUAUUUUUGCCAUUAAAAAUACCUCAACAAUCAUAGUUUAUAUGCCAACAAAAUUAAGAUAAACAUCAAAAUGUCAUUGUGGAAGUUCAGGCAUGAUAAUCCUAAACCGAUGGUCGUGACGGACGGAUACUUGUUCCAGGAUAAAGAAGCUCUUACGGCCUGUCAGCGAGAAUGCUCCCGGAGAUUUGCCACGACUCUGAGGAUAGAGCAGGAGGCUUACCUCUCUCAACACCCCGAGGUAAAGGCAAUGCUGGAAGUAUUCGUGAGUAAAAUGGUCCACGCCAACAAAAAGACUGGGAUCAUGAAAAUGGCUGCCGAGCAUUUCACAAGACCUAUUGAAGAGCUAGACUCGGAAAUUAGGCAGAGGCUCUCUUUGCCACCAAAUGUGCCGUAUAAUCAGACUAAAAAUGCUUUUAAAUAUGAGGAUCAUGACCUUGAGAUUGAUAUGAGGCAACUGAUAUCAGAACACAAUCCGACAAAGAUGGGCCAAGACUCAGACGCCUCUUCGUCGUUAGCGUAUACUGAAUCAUCUACGUUCUUUUCGAUUAAUACUUCAGAAACUACUUUACCUACUCCAGAUCCAGCGCCUACACCAAUACCGACGCUAUCCGAACAUUGCUUUUCACUGAUCACCAAUGCCAUCAAUAAAGCUGUAUACCUUCAUGUAGAUGAAGAGGCACUAACCUAUGACAUAGCCUAUACUGAGCUGAUGAAACUAGUGGAACAGGCUAUGGAUAUCACUGUAGUGGAGAUCAAAGAAGAUAUUGCUCAGAUGCUAUUCAAUGCUUACAGGCGUUUUGAAUAUGAAAUUAUAGAGAGAGAAAGAAUUGCUGCGGAAUUGGCCUGGGUGAAUAGAGUUAGCAAGAAAGUGAGGAAAUCUGAAAGACUCCGCAAGAAUUUUAGAGGAUAUGAAACUGGCGAAACGGAAAGUGAAAUAUCAGCUAUUGGCUCGAAAGUGCCUCCGCCUAAGCCCUGCAUAUGCGCACCUCAAUUUAGCUUUAAUCGAUACCCGAAGGACCGUUUCGGAAUUUAUUUGCCCCGUGAGGAGGAAUUUAGCGACGGUAAUGUCACAGCAAUUCCAGACAUCUCUCAAGCCAAAAUAUCAAGGAGAGCGUCAAUUAAAAGCAAUGCAACAAAAGAUUCAAGCAAAUAAGGUGACAAGU